GGUUUUUGUUGAGGAGAGCGCGGCCGGAGAGCAGAGCUCCGGGACCCAGGUGACCGGGAAAGCAGGCAGCCCCAGCGGCGGGAGCAGCCGGCAGCAGCCCAGGCCCGGGGACUGGGGUGGGGGUGGGAGGGGGGCUGAGGGGAGGACCUGAAGGGGGGCGGCAGGGCAAAAGGGACCCCUGGAGCCCUGCCGCCAUCAGAGAUCAAGCAUCUGGCAUCAGGGAUCUUCGGACCCAGCAGAAGGAUCCGCCACAGGGGAGGUGUCCUCCCAGGGAAGCCAACGAGAGAUUCACCUGCCCCACAUCAGGAGUGGGCCCCCCUCACUGACGCUGCUGGCAACCAUAGCAGGCCCCUUAACCCCUCAGUCUCCUCCCCAUCACCCUCCUCAGGCCCUUUCCCCGCCUCCAGCUCUCAUCUCAACUCCCAGUUCCCAGCCCUCUAAGCCCUAGCACCCCCGGCUACCACCUAACCCUCCAGGUCUUGGCCAUACUCACCCCCAUCCUGGGACAUUUGCCAGAUCUCUGGGAGGGAGAUCGUUUGUUUGGGCGAUGCCCCCUGGUGGCAUGACAGCGUCUGCCUAGACCCCUGACCCCUAGCACUCAACUCCCUGGGCCUCCUUUGUGUGAAGAGCCGCCCCUCUGCUUAGCAGCGUGGUUGGGGGCCAAAGGGAAAGCCAGCCCCGGCUGGACCCCCGGGCCCCACCACUUAUCUCCUUGCUGGGCAGCUCCCCUUGGCCUUUGGGCCUCUCCCUGCUCCCCUCGGCCCCUCCUCCUGGGCCGCCUCAAUGAAGGAGCCGGAUGCCAUCAAGCUGUUUGUGGGGCAGAUCCCGAGGCAUCUGGAGGAGAAGGACCUGAAGCCCAUCUUCGAACAGUUUGGUCGGAUCUUUGAGCUGACUGUCAUCAAGGACAAGUACACCGGGCUGCACAAGGGUGAGGGGUCGGGCAGGCUGAAGAGGCUUCGGGGUGGGCUGGGAGGCUGGGGGAAGUUAAGCCAGGCUGGAGGGGUGGAGCCGCUGGGAAGGGCUGAUGUGGAAGGAGAAGAGUUCAGGCCUGAGGAAAGUGGAUGGAGGAGCUGAAAAAGAACUCAGCUAGAGUGAUCAGGAAACCCCGGUGAAGGACUAAGGAGGGCCUCUUUUGGCUGAAGAGUUGUCAAGACGGCUGCAAAGAUGUGGAUCCCAGACAUAUGGGAUGUGCCUUCCUGACAUACUGUGCCCGGGAUUCAGCCCUGAAGGCCCAGAGCGCCCUGCACGAACAGAAGACGCUUCCAGGGAUGAACAGGCCGAUCCAGGUCAAGCCAGCCGACAGCGAGAGCCGAGGAGAAGACCGGAAGCUCUUUGUGGGGAUGCUAGGGAAGCAGCAGACAGAUGAGGACGUCCGGAAGAUGUUUGAGCCCUUCGGGACCAUCGACGAGUGCACUGUGCUCCGGGGGCCAGAUGGCACCAGCAAAGGCUGUGCCUUCGUGAAGUUCCAGACCCACGCUGAGGCCCAGGCGGCCAUCAACACCCUUCACAGCAGCCGGACCCUGCCAGGUGCCUCGUCCAGCCUGGUGGUGAAGUUUGCUGACACCGAGAAGGAGCGAGGUCUCCGCCGCAUGCAGCAGGUGGCCACCCAGUUGGGCAUGUUCAGCCCCAUCGCCCUCCAGUUUGGAGCCUACAGCGCCUACACCCAGGCCCUGAUGCAGCAGCAGGCGGCCCUGGUAGCGGCUCACAGUGCCUACCUCAGCCCCAUGGCCACCAUGGCUGCCGUGCAGAUGCAGCACAUGGCUGCCAUCAAUGCCAAUGGCCUCAUCGCCACCCCCAUCACCCCAUCCUCAGGAACCAGCACCCCUCCUGCCAUCGCUGCCACGCCUGUCUCUGCCAUUCCGGCUGCCCUGGGCGUCAACGGCUACAGCCCGGUGCCCACCCAGCCCACUGGGCAGCCUGCCCCUGAUGCUCUGUAUCCCAACGGGGUUCACCCCUACCCAGCCCAGAGCCCCGCGGCCCCCGUGGACCCCCUGCAGCAGGCCUACGCGGGGAUGCAGCACUACACAGCAGCCUACCCAGCAGCCUACAGCCUGGUUGCACCUGCGUUCCCGCAGCCUCCAGCCCUCGUCGCCCAGCAGCCCCCACCACCGCCUCAACAGCAGCAGCAGCAGCAGCAGCAGCAACAGCAGCAGCAAAGAGAAGGCCCUGAUGGCUGCAACAUCUUCAUCUACCACCUGCCCCAGGAGUUCACUGACUCAGAGAUCCUCCAGAUGUUUGUCCCCUUUGGCCACGUCAUCUCAGCCAAAGUCUUUGUUGACCGGGCCACCAAUCAAAGCAAAUGUUUUGGCUUUGUGAGUUUCGACAAUCCGGCCAGUGCCCAGGCUGCCAUCCAGGCCAUGAAUGGCUUCCAGAUCGGCAUGAAGCGCCUCAAAGUCCAGCUAAAGCGGCCUAAGGAUGCCAACCGGCCCUACUGAGGGCCCCCAGGUCUGGAGAUCCCAGAGGAAGGGGCGCCUCACACCCUCUUCCCACGACUGGCCCCGGCCCUCUCCGCACACCUGCCCUGGGCCUUGACUGGGUUCUGGGGCAAACGCUGCUUCGUGGCCCCCGGGGGCACAAGACACCGGCCCCUCCCACCCCCCUGCCUCUCUGAAGGGCCGUGGCUAUGCUUCCCUGGCUCCAAGGGCCCAUUUCCUCCUAGAUGCCCUUUUGGCCUUUGUGAGGGAGCGAGGAACAGGCUCGAAGGUUCCGGGGUAUCUGCCUUCUGCUGGGCUCCUGUGACAGGCCUUCUGUGCCCAGCGUUUGUACUUGCCUCCCCCAACAGUGGGCCUGUUCUACCCGUGCAGGCCCCAGGAGAGCCGCAGGGGCCUGCCACACACUCCCAGCUCACCCUCACCCCAGCCUCUUCCCCACAUUAGGGGUUUCUUGGAAGCUGGCUCUCACUCCCCUCCACCCUCAGCUAGAGGUAGGAUAUCCCUGAUUCCUGGGCUCCCAGCCCUAAAACUCACUGCCUCCCCCAAGGGCCCCCUCUAAGGAGGGUGUGGGGGAGCCCUGAGGGCUGCCUCUCUGCCAGCCACAGAGACCCUCCUCCUUUCAUGAGGAAAAGACCUUCCCCUGAACCCCUAAAAAUGUUUACAGUCUCUGCUGGUUCCCUCUGUGUAAAUACCACUACCACCCGUGCGUUAUCCAGCCCGCCCGGCCUGGCCCGGACGCUGCCAUCUCUCUUUCUGGGAGUUUAGACAAUGUUGCCCUUGGAUUUUUUUCUCUCUCUUAAUUUCUCCCUUUGCUUUGGGGGGUAAUUGGGUAUUGGGAGGAGGGGUGUGGGGAGGGGUCAAGGGGUUUAUUACCUGUUCAUUUUCUUUAGGAAGAGGUUUUAGGGAAAAGAAAAUGGGGUGGGGGUGGGGGUGGUAAGGGGAGACCGGGGAGUCAGUUUCAGACAGUUCUCUAUGCUUAACUUAUUUAUUUAUUGCAUUUUACUUUUAAAGAGUUGGUCUUUUCUGUCUAAAUAAAGAAAAAAGUUUAAAAGCAUCAAAUAAGAGUCUUGGAAGGUUGAGGGUAGGGGAUUGUUCCCUACCCACACUGGGAAGGGGGAGGGAGGUAGAGAAUGAGGUUUGAGAGAGAAAAUCCCAUCAGGGAAGGCCGGGCCCUUGCUUUUGAGCAGCAUCCAGGCCUUGUUCAUGGCUUCAUGAUCCUGUCCUUCAGCCCUUCUUUGGGGCUUAAUUCUGGAAUGUCCUGCAGAGUUGGGCACAAGGAGAUCUCCCCUGUCGGGGGCUCUCCCCUGUAUCCAGCUCUGUCCCUCUGAAGGCUGAGGACUUGCAGUCUCACUUCUGGACCUCCAUUUCUGCACAGAGGCCAGUGUGGAUACCGGGAGCCAGUUGUGACACCACCAUUUACUAACCACUGCUCCAUAUGUGAUUCUGUUCCAAGUCCUUAUUGUGCAUUUCCUCAUUUUACCUCCUAACAACCUUGUGAGGCAGGCUAUAGUUUAUUUAUUUUACUUAUUUAUUUUGAGACAGGGUCUCACUCUGUCACUCAAGCUGGAGUGUGAUGGUGAGAUCAUAGCUCACUGCAACCUUGAACUCCUGGUUUAGGGGAUCCUCCUGUCUCAGCCUCCUAAGUAGUUAGGACUAUAAGUGGCUGCACCACCACUCCCAGCUCAUUUUUAAAAAUGGUGUUUUUUUUUUUUUGUAGACAGGGUCUUGCUAUGUUGCCCAGGCUGAUCUCGAACCCCUGGGCUCAAGCAAACCUCCCGCCUUGGCCUCCCAAAGUGCUCAGACUACAGACAUGAGCCACCACGCCCAGCCUAGGUAGGAUAUAAUUUUAUAGAUGGGAAAAGGAGGCCUGGAAGGUUAACUAACUUCCCUGGAGUCAUAAAGCCAGUAAGGCAUGGCUGUAGGAGUUGAACCCAGUUUGUCAGAUUCCAAAGCCCAUGAUGUUCUCUUCUUACCUGUUCUUUGACCUGAGGCAAAGAUCCCAAGAAGUAGCAAGCAGGCUUAGGAGUGAGUCCUUCAGGUAGAGGGUGGACUGCAUAAGCCCUAAGUCCCUCCACUUCCUAGAUUCUUCUCUGUGAGCUGCUUUAGGGCAGGCUCAGGAUCACACAGGUGUCUUCUUUGACUUCACAGAACAUGUGCUUCUAGGCUGCUACCCCACCCUCAGUCUUCAUCAUUAGUAAGCAGCACCACUAGGUACCUACUCAAGCCAAAACUUGGAUUACACCCUUUCUCUCAUGUCUCCUCCCCAAUCCAACUGCAAAGCCCUACUAAGUCUACCUCUAAAGUAUUCAGCUGAUUUACUUACUCAUGUCUCUGCAUCUCCACAGCCAUCAACACUGUCCACGUCACAUUGCUCUCAUCUGUCUCCAUGUUUCUUUUCCUGCUCUCCUACAAUUUGUUCUCCCAAGAAGCCAAGAGUCAUCUUUUAAAAGUUAAUUCACCAACAUUUACUACCCAGUCUGCUUUGUCCAGCACUGUAUCCUGGUCACCCUAAACAGUGCCCCAAAUAUUAGACAUUGCUUAGUAAAUAAGAAAUGACUGUUGGACAUCUAUACUGGAUUUCCCAUCCGUAUCUACAUCAUCAUAGGGCCAAUGCUAAAACUUUCUCCCAUAAAGUCCCGACUCAUAUAUUUCUAUUUUCUAGUCACAUAGACAGAAAACCUCAAGAGUUUUUAGUACUUUCGCAUAAACUCAAUGGUAUUAAAUCAUUUAAGAUUUCACUUCCACAAACUUUCUCAUAUCAUUUCCCUCUUUUCAAUUAUCGCUGCCUACACUUAUUAACUGAGUAAUCAUAGCAAUUUCCUAAUUGGUCCUUCUGUCUAUGUUCUGAAGCAUCAAUCUUUCUAAACUGCAGCUAAUAAAAAACAAAACUUCUCUGCUGCUGUUUUUUGUUGUUUUUCAUAGAACACCUCAGCCUGGCAUUCAAGGCUCUUCGAAGCCUUACUUUCCACUUCAUUCCUACACAUACCCAAAUAGAACUAUUCAUUGUUCUCUAGGCAAGUUUGGUCCCUUUUCUCCCAUGUCUUUUCAUUCCCAGUUACUACAGUGUCUGGCACAUAAUGGCUCAAUAAAUGUUUGUUGAAUGCCUUCUUGUUGAAAUCCUUCUCACACUAAAACAGUUCACCUUAAACACUGCUUUCUUCAUGAAAAUCUUAACGGCCCUCAUCCACAGGUCUUUCUCCUUCCUUUUCUAGUCCUUAUGGCACUUAAACCUUUCACUGCUGUGUAUCAUGGCCAUGCGUAAGUGUCUCAUUCUUCUGUGAGCCUGUAAGCUGGCAGAAAUGUUUCUUUCUUUGCUUUUGUGUCUGUUGCAGUAUCUCAAACAAUCUCCCCACCCCACCCCCAACAGCAGAUACCUAAUAAAUGUUUGACUUUAACCACUGUAACUCUAAUUCUGGAAUUCCACUUUGUUCUUCUUUAUGGACUCUUUGCUUAGGAAAGUUAACACUUCCCCCCUUCAUUAGCACAGUAGUGUUUCUUAGAUUUUAAAUAUCCAAAGCUAAUGGGUGGGUGAAUGAAUGAGCCCCUGAACAAUGUCUCUUCCCAAACUGCCAAACAAAGUGCCACAAUGGUCCUUGGUCUUAUGGUCAUCAGUUAGGGAACAAAAGCGUGUGAUCGGAAGUUGUAAAAAUAAUAAUAAAUGGAGCUUUAUAAAAAAAUUAAAAUGUCUCACCCACCACAAAUGCUGAGCUUUUCAGACCAGAGUCAGCUCAUAAACAAAUGUGCAGAGAGGAACAGGUACUCUUGAGAGAAGGUAAUUAGGCCCCAGCCCCUCAGACGCCUCUGUAAAAGCAAAAGGCAGUAGGACCACCCUUCUUCUCAGGAGUGUGGGAGCAGGGGAGAGUAAGGCCACCCACAGUGCCUAGUUUUGUGCUGGACAGUUCAGUAGUCAUAAUGUGUUCCUUUCAGUCCAGAUCCCAAAGAGAAAAACUUUCCCGAUUUACCUGAAAAAGUAUAUACCUGUUGCUGGGGGUGGAGAGGAGGGUCCAUUGCUAAGAUCUGUACCAAAGGCUCUGCCAGGCUCUAUCUGCAUGGCAGAGAAAGGAAUCCUGUGAAUCUUCAAAGGAUUUUUGUGCAAGCUUGCAGAUGGGAGGGGUAAGCCCAAUCACCUCUGAGAUCUGAAGGAGAAGAAGGAAUUUUCAAAGGAGCCACUGGGAAGAGAACUGCAAACCAAGGGCCUCCUGUGGCUUCUUUCCUCACCCUUCUCCAUUCCCUGUACUCAAAAAACUGCCACACUAGUUACCUGGGGAAACUGGUUAGAUGUUUCUUCUUUUCAGACUGACCACUCUGACUCAAAUCUCAAAGGUCCCUGUUCACUUCUUCCCACACAACCCAAAGGAUUUGUAGUCUAGGAAACCAAAGAAGUGUUUGAUCAAUAAAUCAAUUUAUUUAAAAGAAUAUGUUACAAUUAAUUACACUAAGUGACAUUACCAAACAAUUUUAGAGUGGUUAGCUCUAGAACAAGGAAUGAAAGAAACACUGUUAGCCAUUAUUGUGUCUGUGUAUUUUCUCUUCACAUUUCUUAAAUCACAAAUAAAAAAUACAAGAUACUGCAGUGAAAAUACAAUUAGAGUUUCUCUGAAAUAAAUUAAAUGUGCAUGGCCUGGGAAAAACUGAAGCCCAGCUCACUGGCUUAAAAGGGGGUCAUGAUAUAAAAUUAAUGUCCAAGUUUAGCAGGCGGCCAAGUGCCCCCACCCCGUAUCACUCCCUUCUUUGAUUCUAUUCCUUACCACAGCCCUGACCUUCCCACAUACCCUAGAUUAUUGCUGAGGAGUGAGCUGAUGCUGUCCUGGCAGCAAAGAGGCCUGGCGUGAUGUGCUCAGGUUUAGGGGAACAGGAAGUCAAGAGGUGGACCUGGAAGAUGGGGAGCUAGAGAAGCAUACCCACUACCUCUCUUCUCCCUCCCUCUCUCUGAGUGUUCUAUCACAUCAUCCUCCCAAAGGAAGCUACUGUGACACAAUGAAGCUGGUGAAGAAACAGCAGUAUGCUGGGGUCAACGGAUCAAAGAGCUUCUACUGCUGAAUGAAUCUAGCCAAACAGUAUGAUGGCGAGAAGGGAGGGCACAGCAGUCCCUCCUGGUCUGGAAAAUUCAGGUCAACUAGGAUGCAGUCCCCUUCAAGAAAACUACCUCCUAGGAGCCCAGCCCAGAAGUUGGCAAAUUCUGAGAUAGGAGAGAGUGUCAUCUCCUGUCAGUGCCCUAUUUUGCUGCUCCAAGUGCUGGGUUUGGAGCUACAGGAAGGGAUAACCCAAAGCUACUGGCCUGGGUAACUAAAGGAUGAAACUAAAUGGGCCAGGCAUGAGGAUGUUGGAAUAUUUAUCUAAUUCCUCCCUGAGAGCUCGGUCCAGGCCUAGGAGCUGCCCUGAGCACGCACACAUCUGUACCUGUGUUUAGGCCUAGGGUAAGGACAGGGUGGAAAAAUGGAGAAUAGAAUAAACAUAUAAAGAGCAGAGGGCCCAAAGCAUGGCCCAAGGGAACCUUUCUGCAGGGACAGGUUUCUCAGGGUCUACAUUUUCUCCUGGGCCAUAAAAAGCUCUGAGCUUCUACCCCAGAGGAUAGAAACCAAGUGUGGAGGAAGGCCAGUGAGAGACCAGGAGGAUCCUGCUGGUUCUGCUGGGAUGAAGCUGGGGGCACUGGGAGACCCCCUCUUCCCAGGGACAAAUUGCAAAAGAAGUCUGGGUAGAAGCCUCCCUGGGCAGAAGCUGGGACUAAGAAGAACAGUAGGGAUUACAGAAAGGAAGUGCAGAGGAAGGGGAGAGAGAAGAGUCACAACUAACACUGCUUCAUGCAAAGAAGGGCUUGAUCCUAUGGGAUCCACGCAGCCACGGGGAACCCGCCUCCAUCACCCAAGGCCGUGCAUGGGUGGAAGAGAAGGCGCUGUCCUUUGGGGUGCUCUCCUUCCCCACCUCCUUGCUGCAGCUGGGUGCUUUGUUACUGGGACACUUUCAAGAAGGGCUGUUCCUAAAUAUAUUCUGCCAACAGGCCAACUACCUAUAGUACCCUCACCUAAUCUCCAAAGCACCAAGUGAAUGCUAUGCCAGAAAGGGAACAUAACACCAUCUACCCAUUCUAAGGGGCCUCCAAAUCCCUAUGUCUCAUGUCUGAAGGUCAGCAUUCAAGCUGUCGCAUGGAAUCCCAGCUCUGUUCAUUACUGUCCCACUCUGAGCGAGUAGGGGCAAAUUGCUAUUUUUACAGUUUGAACAAAGCUGGUGCCACGUCUCUUUAGCAUCUAGGAGUGGGAAAUCAACAUGUCUUCUUUUCAGGGUCCUUUGGCUCAUUUUAAAUUCAUUUAAGUCAAAAGAAGUUAGUUCUGUGUCAAAGUCUUCAAAUUAGGGAUCCCUCUGAAACUUUACACAUUCAGCAUUCUUACGUUUUGUACUCUGUGAUUUCACCUAGAUUUGGAGAAGGUGAGGGAGGAAAGGCUGUCCUCUUUGAUCCCAUACCAUGCAGGGGCAAAUGGCUGCCAGCAUAACAAAAUAAGAAAGAAAGAAAGAAAAGUGGGCCAGGCGCAGUGGCUCACUCCUGUAAUCCUAGCACUUUGGGAGGCCGAGGUGGGCAGAUUACUUGAGGUCAGGAGUUCAAAACCAACCUGGCCAUCAUGGUGAAACCCCGCCCUACCAAAAAUACAAAAAAUUAGUGGGGCGUGGUGGUGUACGCCUGUAAUCCCAGCUACUUGGGAGGCUGAGGCAGGAGAAUCGCUUGAACCCAAGAGGCAGAGGGUGCAGUGAGCCGAGAUCGUGCCACUGCACUCCAACCUGGGCGACAGAGCAAGACUCUGGAAAAAAAAAAAAAAAAAAAAAAACAGAAAAAAAGGAAGGAAGGAAGGGGAAAGAAAAGUGGCCUCACAAUGAUUUGCAACAACAAAUUACAAAAAAGAGAUGAAAGAAGGAAAGCAAAAGAAGGAAAGCAAGAGAAAGAAAGAAAGAAAGAAAGAAAGAAAGAAAGAAAGAAAAAGUGGCCUCACAAUGAUUUGCAAUAACAAAUUACAAAAAAGAGAUUUUCCAACCACCCCAACACUGCUUAGUAGAACUGACUACAACCAAUUAUGACUGUCUCCCAAUUAGAGCAAAAGAUGCCAUCCUAGGAAGGUUUUUGUUUAGAAAGGGGAGAAGGGAAAAAGAAAAGGCUCAAAGAUGUGUUUUAGUUGCAUCUGAGCCUGACUUGGUGCUUCUUAUGCAUUAUCUACAGAGCUUAGGGGCUGGGAAUAUUGUCCUACCCCAAUUAGCCCUGGCUUCUGAUCCUGGGAUGCAGCUCUUAAGUCUCAAAGGGUCUAGCUGCAAGACCAGAUGAGGAGCUCUUUAACGGACAGAAAGCAGAAAGGUUUUCCUUCAGUCUCCUUUCAAUUAAAACUUGGGAGAUCCAAUCUAAUCAACCAUAUUCCUACUACUCCUUCCUAGGUCCUCAGCUGGCUUGGAUGGGGCUAUCGUUUGGUUGGCACAGACCACUGACCCACUGCAAGUUUCCCCAAGGCCUUGAAGAUACUAUUGGAUCCCUUCCCAUCACUGCUGUUUAAGGAAGUCACAGAGAAUGCCGUAGUUAUGGGUGGUUAUUGGUCAGGAAUGGAGGAGGUAAAACCUCAUGUACAUAGGGCGUUGCUUGCUUUCUUUCCUCUAUUUAAGUCCAACCUGUGUGCCUAAGGUAUCAGCUUAACUCUGGUCCUGAGUACCAUCCCUGCUGCAAAAAAGGCAGGGAAGGACACAGUGGCUCAUGCCUGUAAUCCCAGCACUUUGGGAGGCUGAGACAAGAGGAUCACCUGAGGCCAGGAGUUUGAGACCAGCCUGGGUAACACAGUGAGACCCUGUCUCUACAAAAAAAUUUUAAGAAGAAUUAGCCAGGUGUGGUGGUGCACACCUGUAGUCCCAGCUACCCAGGAGGGUGAGGCAGAAGGAUCACCUGAGCCCAGAAUUCAAGGUAACAGUGAGCUAUGUUCAUGCCACCACAUUCCAGUCUGGGCGACAGAGUAAGACCCUGUCUCAGAAAAAAAAAAAAAAAAAAAAAAAAAAGGCAAGGAAAACAGGAAAUUACUACCAUGAAGUGUUUCAGGUUCAGGUUCCCAUGGCAUCAACCUCCUGAGCCAGGGUCGGUUGAGGGAAAGCAUACCGAGGCUCUAGGAAAGCAGGAAGGAGGUGCAGAAUGUGGCUAGAAAGCCAGGAGUGAGAGAAAUAGAUGGAUCAAAAAAAUUGUCACGGAAUCAAGAGACCAUACCAGGACUUCAGGCUCUCCCUGCAGAACCACAGCCUGUUAACCUUGAGAAACACACCUCUUUCUCCUCCCCAACACCCUCUUGGAAGAUAAAGAAACUAUACUCCUUGUUCCUAGACUCUAUGGCAACCCAUGAGCCGGAAUCUAUACUCAAUACAAAAAAAGGGGCAAAAAUCCAAGCAGGUUGUAAACUUUUCAAGUCCUUCAUGAGGAGAGGUAUUUUUCCCGGUAAAAUGCUUUUUUUUCCUUUUUAAAGUUUGUUUCAAAAGAAAGAGAGCACAAGAGAGGUCAUGGAUUCUAGUGAAAGAUGUGUAAAAACACAAGCUAGAAAAGG